UCCGACAAGUUGGCAAACACACAAAAUCAUCAGUCCUGCAAUAUAACAUAUAAAAUAUUUCCCCCAAAACAGAAAACCACAUAAACCAAAAAAGGUAGAAAGAAUACCCGGAAGCGCGGCAGAAUGGCUCGUCUGGUGUUCUCCGACAAAGAUCACAGUGCCUACGAUCCCAAAAAGUACAAAGUGGUGCACAAGAACCACUGGCGUCAGGUUAGUCUGCUGCUGCAGCCAUCGCACAAGAAGUGGUGGGAGGAUCCCGAUGUCAUUGUUGCUUUCAAUUUGCCGCGCAUUAGCGCCCGACUGGAGCGCCUCAUGGGCACCAAUGUGGUCAAGCUGACGGAUCGCGCCUACAUGAAGGAGCUGCGGGAACGCAUCGACGAGGACUACCGCAAGCAGCUGCUGUCCCGCAUCCGGGCCCGCGAGAUGAAAGAAGUGGAACGCGAACGCAUGCUUAUUAUUGAGGGUAAAUCGGAUGUGAUACCAGACGAACUGGCCGACGAUCCCAUAUUCAUGGUCAACAAAGAUGCCAACCUGGAGAUACAGAAGGAGCGCUCCAAGUUGAAGACGAGUCGGGAGAAGAAUGCGGAGCGUCUGAAGCUGCAGGGCGUGAAAUGGGAAAGGGAGCGCCUCCAGCAUGCGGCCCAGGAGGCCGAGCUCCUGGCCAAGAAACGCGAGAGGCAGCGCGCCCAAAAGCUCCUGGUGGAACAGUACCGAACGGAGGAUGCCGAGCGAGGCAUGGACCUGUUGCGCAUUGAGAACGAGGAUUGGCGCGAGUGCGAGCAGAGCCUGAAGGAGUUCCUUGAGUCGGAGCGUGCCAAAAUGAAGGAGCGCUCCUUGCGCGUUUCCCAGCCCUUCUCGUCGGAUCCGUUGGACAUACAGAACAUAGUGAGGGCUAGACAAAAGUUCCGCGAAACUGAGCUGCGUAUACGGAACCAGCUGGAGGGCAAGCUGAAGGACGGCAACACCCAGAUUACGGGCCAAGAAUUGAACGAGUUCAUGGAAGAGGCGCACCGCGGCAGCAAUGAGACGACCAUUCGGGAUACAUCGUUGGACUCGAUCCAUGGUCAACUGCCGACCAAGUACAUGGACGAUAUCACCGAUGUCUCCGACGAGACCAUUAUCAGCGAGGAUGCCGUCAGCCUGACCCUGGCCAAGCAGCAGUACGCCGAGGAGCUGGAGGCCGAGAUGGAGGACGAGUUCAACAGAGGCUUGCUCAUCUCCAAGCAGCAGUACGAUCAGCUGCGCUUCGAGGAUGAGAAGAUUGUGGCCCUCCGCAAUGCCAAGGAUAUUCGCGAGCUGUAUUUACUGGCUGAAGAGAUCAUCAUGGGCGACAUCAUUGAGGAGGUCGAAGAGGGCGAAGAGGAGGGUGCCGAGGAGCAAGAGAUCGAAUUACCCAGCUCCGAUCAUGAGCCGGAGGCCAAGCCAGCCUAAGCUCCAGAGGCUUUUAUUCAACGUUUAUCAUCGUUCGGCAGAGAGAACCAUCAGUUGCUUCUCCUGCUUCCAUUUCCAAACAACAGUUUUUUAAAAGAUUGGACAAAUAUUUCAUUUCCCUGUUGGUUUUGAAAUAUUUCACACAAAUUUUGCAGAAACCUCAUCGAUUUGUUGUUGUUACAAGAAUACAAUCAUUGGGAAACGUCAGCAGAACUGUC